AAACGCGUUUUGUUAUGGAAACAAAAACAUUUGAUUGCUGUCAAAUUUCGCUCGCAAAAUAAUUUAAAAUUUCAGCGGCUAUUCAGAAAGCAGAGUAGAAUACCAACCCUAAAACGAGAAAAUCCACUUAUGGAUAAAUGAAACACGGAAAAAACCACUACAGUAACCACGAAUAAUGAUGUGCCAUGUAAACUCCUCAUUACGAAGAAAAUUUUUGGUACUGAAAUGGUCGCAAUAAUGUGCGGGUUGAAAAAGAACUGAAAAUAGUACUAUAGUAUUGACUUUUCCAUUCCUGAUCCCUAUUAUUAGGUAUUUAUUGAAUAGAGUUUGGUUUGCGACAAGUUUCGGUGUGUUAUUGUUAAAGAAUAUAUAAGAGAUAGAACAUAUUUAGCCGAUAUGAGUGGCUACCAAUUUAUAAACCAGGCUGCCGUAGCGAAUGCUAUGGCAUCUGGCCAUAACAUUGAUUGGGCACAACUGGCUCAGCAAUGGAUACAAAUGAGGGACAGUGCUAAAAGUGAAACAUCCAGUGCUAAGUAUGACGAAAAGGGUGAAGCCGACAUGGACAUCGAGGAGCAAGUAGAGAAGGACAACAACGAUAGAAGUCUUAAGGCAAUGCCACACUCGAGCGAUGACUCAAACAUAAAUUGGUCAAGUAGGCCUGAAACAGGUGGUGCAGAAGGGAGCUUUAUUCUCCAAAGAUCAACUAAUCAGUGGAAUAAAUGGGGUAGCAACCACAGCAAAACACAUUACGAUUCUAGCUUACCGAAACGUCCUACCAACCCAACAUCGCACAUUCCAUCCUUACUGAAGAUAAAUGUUCCCCACCCCAACGAAAUUCGUUCUCUACCGGAUGGACCAAGUGACCCACAAAAUUCGUCAAACACAAUGGAUGCUUCCAAACGAAAAGUUUUACCAGCGUGGAUUAGGGAAGGACUAGAAAAAAUGGAAAGAGAAAAGCAAAAGCAACAGGAAAAGAAAUCAUUUCGCAUUUCUGACGAUGAAAGCGCCAAGUUCCCUUUAUUUGAAGAGGCAAACUCAGACCGAUUAAAUUUAAACAAUGAUAUCGACUCCAGCCCAGAGACCGAAGAAACGGAGGCUGUUGAAAAGUGUCCAAGACAAGGUCUUCCAAAUGAAGACGUUUCAAGUGAAGAUCUAGAAGUUAUUGUUGAGCAAUCCCGUGAAACUUAUGAGCAAAGGCUUUCAAAUUUAAUGGUCGUUGUUCGUCAAACACUGACUGAGCUACUGUUGGAAGUUACAAAUGAAGAAAUAGCUAAGAUAGCAAACGAAACCGUAAAAAACUACAAACUGAAAGCGUCUUCGGCACAAGUUAUCCAACAAAGCGCUUUAUCUUCCAUAACUGGCAAACUCGGAUUAGCAGUUUAUGGUGAUAGUUCCAGUAGCGAAGAGGAUGACAAUGAAACCAACAUCCAGAGUAAAACUUUCCCUUCGGAGAGCGAUUCGGAAGAAGACAUAAAGGUAUCGUUGCGUUUGAAGAAAAGGUCGUUUUUAAAAAUUGCUAACGAAAUCGAAGAUAAAGUAGCAGCAGCUGCUGCGAGAGAAGGGGAGAAACUUAAAAAUAUGUCGUGCGCCGUCGAAAAUGACAGUGCUACAAAUAAAAGCAAAACCUGCGAGAGCGCCACUGGUAUGGAAAAGACCAACAUGGUAACAAGUGAAUCAGUUUCAGCACAUUCGUCUAGUGGAGGCAGAGAAAAAAUGUUUGGUAAAAUAAAUGAAAGAGAUUCUGGUGAGACAACUGAUACAAAGUUACAAAUAUUAAACGCAGGUAAACGGCACAAAGAUCGCGGUACUCUCAAAGAACGUACGACACGUUUUAGCGAUAAUAGAGAUGCCAAUUAUAUAACAAUGACAGCCACAGCCACAAGUAUUGUCGAACAAAGCAAGGGAAACAUUUUUACAAGUGGCAUUUCCCAGACUGUUACAAGCCAGAGCCAAGCUGUGUGCACCAAAAAUAAUGUACUUCCAUCAUACAAUUACCCGGCCAUUGCUGCUAAUUUUAAAGCUCUUGAUGACACCCUUCCAACAUUAAGGCAAAAAAAAUCAUCAGAUCCUGAGAAGGACCCCGAGCAUGAGGGGCGGCGCAAAUACGAAAAAAGAAAAAGACAUGGUGACGACUCGUCAUCUAGCUCUUCUUUUUCAAGUUCAACUUCCUCGUCCUCGGAAACGUCAUCGACAGGUUCGUCAUCUUCUGAAUCAUCGGAUGUCUCAAAAUAUGAUCGAAGGCGCUCCGGUACAAAAAAACACUCAUCGCAUAGCCGUAGCAGUCGAGACAAUUAUGAUAAAUAUGACAAAUCAUCUUACAGUCGAAAUCGAUAUAAGCACGACAGUGACUCUGACGACACGUAUAGAAGCAGAAGAAAACGAAGUUCCCGAUCACGUUACUCUUCCCAUUCUCGCAGUCGUUCCAGAAGUCACCGCGAUAAUUCUCGGUCCCAUUCUAGGUCUUCUUAUUCAUAUUCUGGUAAACGCAGACACUAACUUCUUCAUUUCAAAAUUUUUUACCACAUUUUUGGAUGUAUAUUUUUAUGUUAAUUUGUUAAACAUAGCUUUUAAUUUUAAGCAGCUAUGGCGGCGUUGCUUCGGAUUUAGUUUAGAUUUAGUAUCUCCUGAACGUGGUAAACGUAGAGAAAAACGCUGACUUGCGACUCACAACAUUUUUGAAAAUAAAUAAAUUAUAUUAUACAAGUAAA